AUGGAGUUAGCCGCAUUAUUGGUUUUCUUUGGCCUAUUAAGAUGCCGGGCAUUCGCGCAGUCCCCGACACCAAAUGAAAUUUGGCAAGUUACACCGGCGAUUGAUCCCGCUGACAAACUGCUGGCCGGCUGGGACGAAAUCUCGGUGGUAAAAGAGACCCAAGUCUACAAUGGCGUGCAAGAGAAUCGCACCUAUGCGCACCACUCCGAACUAUUCCACCUCAACAAUGUCAUUUAUUUGGCGUUCUCUUCUGCGCCAGUGGAUGAAGACUCAAUGGGGCAAGAUGCCCGGAUCUCAGUCUCACAUGACGGCGGACUCAGCUGGAGUCAUCCUCACACCGUGGUACAAGCUGCCAUGCUGCCGAAUCAGACAGACCCUCACAACUUCACAUACUGGUGCAAUCUUGGGAUUGUUCAACGAGUUUGGCAGCCAGUCUCUUUUGUGCAUCUUGUAGAGGAAGAUGCGCUGUACUCCAUUGUUCUAUCGGCAAGCGUUGGUUGUCCAGGAAACUUUCAAUCGGCUGGGAAGGUCGCACAGCGGAUCAACAAAGGGGACGGACGACCUGAUGGGCAUCCAUGCUGGCUGGAAAAGAAUGAAUACACUGAAGCGCAACUUUAUAACGAGACCAUAUUCGGUACUGAAUACGGUAUGGCGAAUUGUGAGAAUGCGGACUCUUUGAACGCAAUCUUAUCUGAACCUCAAAAAGUUCCAGCCUGGUCUUCUUGGCUUUACAAUCACAAACUCUAUGGUGCGGAUAAUAUCCACGAUCUUCAAGAGCAAACACAUGCUGUGUGGUUGAAAAAUGAGAAUUCAACGAGUGGCGGCUACUGGCAGCGUUUCUGGCGAGACAUUUCCGCCAAGAAUAACUCACUAGCUGUUUGGGUUGAGUACACUCAUGACGAAGACGGUGCGGACUGGUACCCAAAGGUCCUAAACCAAUUUGGCAACCAGAUUUUUGAAACCAAUAUCCCGGACGCCAAAACAAAGCAGCACCUCGGGGUCUUGGAAAAUGGGGAUCGAUUCCUCGUCUCAAAUCCUCGAUAUGACGCAAAUCUUGACCGCCAACCCCUCACAAUCGCUACCUCGCGCGGACAAGAUCAUUCGUACAAGCAUAUUGGAGUAUUGCGCACGAAUGCAAGUACUAAUAUUGCUCCUGAGACGCGAGACCAAUACAAGAAUCAUGGAUUUCAUUAUCCAAGCGCUAUACAGAUUAGGGAUCGGUUAGUUGUCUCGUAUAGCGAGAACAAGGAAAAUAUCUGGGUUAGUGUGAUUGAGUUGGGAGACCUACCCUGA